AUGGCCUGGCUCCAGCGUAUACGAGAUGUGACUCGGGCGAAUGACCUGAUCAGCGGCACAAUCAAGUCGCCUCUCAAGUCUCAGGGCAGGUUUCAUCUGAUAGCGCGUGGCCGUAGUGCAGAGCAUGUGUUGGCAUGGAGCAUGGCGGAACAAUGCCAGCUCGCAGCUAGGCAGACGCAGGGAGCGAAUAAGCAGCCGCGGCGCGAGGCCCUCGUGCGUCAUCAUGUGCUGCUCCCAGCCGUCGCCGGCCAAACCUUGACCUUUCUGCACCGUCUGCCUGACCUCGAAUCUGCAGAAGCAAAGCCCGUUGAGCACGCGCCUGGAAAAGGCGAAACCGAAGCUUGUGAGCGCAGAGCUGGGGAGACAAUCGUGGACAGUCGUGGACAAUCCGCACCUGACCCGACGCCCGGCAUCUCAGCUGCCCUGUUCUGGCCCUCGUCCCAGCCAGGCUGGUUGACGCUGCCGAUUCGCAUCCGCGCCGCAUCCUUUUAGGGACGGCGGUGCCUGGCCGACCGCGCUGUUCUGACU